AUGGCUUUAAACACCGAAUUUGCGAUUUCGCCUGCCCUAGCAGACCCUGCCAACGCCUGGCAAGUGCCACCACUCGAUUUCCCAUACCAUAAUCAAGGUGACAAUCAAGAAUCACCUGUUUUCAGCAACCAUGAUCUCUUCUUCCAACAGCCAGCGGGAACCACAGCUUUGCCCAGCCUGGUCCCACAGAGACCGACGCCUGAGUUUGUCCAGCCUCAUGACCUUCACCUUCGUGAUGCCGAUGGGUCCACGUCGCCAUCAAGCCAAACUUCUUCUAACCUGGGACGAAAGGAUUCCAUAGACUCGACCACAACUAGCAGCUCUCUUUCCCUAAACCACCAGCAGCUCCUCCGGCGCAUGUCCCUGGCGUCUCUCGAGCUGAAUGACGACUCUUACCGACCCCGCAACACGCCCGCUCGUCGAAAGAAAAGCACGACCGGCCGCAUCGCUCCUCGCUCCGAAAAGCACGCACGGGAGCUUGAGCUGAACCGCCGAGCUGCGACAAAAUGCCGAAAUCGACAAAAGGCUUUCAUUGAGCACCUCCAACAGCGGUGCCGCAAGGAGGAAGAGAAGAUGCAGAUGCAGACCUCGCUCGUCUCGGCCCUGCACGAUGAGGUGGUGGCGUUGAGGAACGAGGUCUUGCGUCAAAGCCUCUGCGACUGCCGCUUCCUGUCGGGCGCCUCGACAGCCUUGUUCCCGUGA